CAUCUUUUUUGUAUAAAAAACAAACGGUAUCGGUUGGUGCGCCCGCGCAUCGCUUUUAUUUAAUAUUUUUCCAUCUUAAAUUAAUGAAUUAAAGCUAAGGAAGUGAUUAAAAUGGAAACUGGAGAUUCGUUUUUAUCAUGUGGAGUGACUGUGGAAUGGCUUUCGCCUCAAGGAUCCAUACUACGAAAGGUUAAUUACAAAACUGCAUCUUUACGUUUGAUACGGAAUGAAUUUCGUGAAAUGUUUAUGGAGAUUUCAGGAGAUAAACAUGCUGCUGUUAGACUGGCUUUGAAGGGUAUCAAUGUAUUCAAGAAGUUCAUGGCUGAAGGUAAAGCUAGUAUAAAAUUUCAAGAAGCUGGUUGCACCUUAUUCAUCUCCAACGCUCCCCCCACAAAUCUCGUUUCGUUUCUAAGGACUAUAUUCGUCAAAAUGACUGGCGAUAAAGAAGCACCGGCUGCACCAUCCAAACAGACCAUGCGGUCGAAACUAUUGAGUGGUAAAGCACAAUCAUUUGAAGAAAUAAGUCCAGUGACUGUGGCAGACCUACAGAAAGCCAAAAGUUCAAUACCUAAAUCGACUGCUACUACGCCAUCGCCGCCUUCCAAAAAGCGUAAAGCUGAAGAGAUGGGGAGAGGCCCUGCUCCUAAAAAGCUAUAUUCUCCAUCUCCUCUUACUGCUACUACUUCAUUGAACCCCGAGCAGCAACAAGUCUUGGAUGCAUGUUUAGGAGGGAAGAAUAUCUUCUUCACUGGGUCUGCCGGGACUGGGAAAAGUUUUCUGCUGAAGAGGAUAGUUGCAGCUCUACCCCCUGAUGUCACCGUGGCCACAGCUUCCACAGGAGUUGCAGCUUGUCAUGUUGGUGGUACAACCCUACAUGCAUUUGCUGGAAUAGGAGAUGGAAGUGGAUCAGUUGACAAUCUUUGUGAGAGAGCUAUGAAACUACCACUUGUAGCUCAGAAAUGGAGGAAAUGCAGACAUCUUAUCAUAGAUGAAAUAUCCAUGGUAGAUGGUACUUACUUUGAGAAAUUAGAAGCAGUAGCAAGACAUGUGAGGAAGAAUGACAAACCAUUUGGUGGUAUUCAGCUCAUAUUGUGUGGAGAUUUUCUACAGCUACCACCUGUAAUAGACAGAAAUGAUAAAGCCAAGUUAGGAAAGAAAUUUUGCUUCCAAUCACCAUGCUGGGACAGAUGUAUAGAACUGUGCUUUGAACUGAAACAAGUACACAGGCAAAAAGAUCAAGAAUUUGUCUCAAUAUUGAACAGCAUAAGAAUAGGCAGAGUCACCCCAGACAUCACACAAAGGCUCACUGCCACGGCAAGGCAGAAAAUUGAGAGUGAUGGCAUCUUAGCUACCAGACUGUGCUCUCAUACUAAUGAUUCAAAAAUGAUAAAUAAUUCCAAACUAAGAGAACUCGAAGGAGAAGAAAAGGAGUUUACAUCACAAGACAGUGAUAAUGCAACCAAGAUACUUGAUAUGCAAACCAUUGCACCUUCAAAACUUGUGCUCAAAGUGGGUGCCCAAGUCAUGUUGCUCAAGAAUGUGAAUGUAAAUGCUGGUCUAGUCAAUGGUGCUCGAGGAGUUGUGGUCCGAUUUGAAGAAGGUUUCCCCAUUGUGAGAUUCAAAAACAAAAAAGAGUUUACAGCCAGAACAGAAAGGUGGUUUGUAAGAAAUUCUAAUGGUAAUUUGUUGUGCCGUAGACAGAUCCCUCUCAAUCUAGCCUGGGCUUUCUCUAUUCACAAGUCCCAAGGGUUGACACUAGACUGUGUGGAGAUGUCGCUAGCAAAGAUCUUUGAGCCUGGCCAGGCUUAUGUCGCCUUGAGUCGAGCACAAAGUUUGGGAACACUUCGGGUUUUAGACUUUGAUUCCCGACAUGUGUGGGCUGAUACUAGUGUUCUGGAGUUCUAUCAGAAAUUCAGGAGACGCCUUCAGUAUAUGGAAAUUAUGCCACUUGGACGCCCACUGACUGAUAAAACAAAUAAAUCUUCAAAGUUGAAAAUAAGAGAACUGAUUGAAAAACAGAUGAGGAGAAAGUAAGAGAAGUUUAGAUUACUUA